AUGGCCUCCACUUUCUACACAUGGCUGCGGUCUCCCGCUGCGCGCCAGUACUUUUUCAGUACUCAUUUUUGGGGUCCAGUUGCAAACUGGGGCCUGCCUCUUGCUGCCCUUGCAGACUUGAAGAAGGAUGAAGAGGUGAUAUCAGGGACAAUGACCACUGCGCUCAUGUGCUACUCCAUGGUUUUCAUGCGUUUCGCCUGGAGAGUGCAGCCCCGUAACUACUUGCUCUUCGCCUGCCAUGCUACAAAUGCAUCUGCCCAGUCUCUGCAAGAAUACCGCUUUGUAAACUAUUGGUACAGAGGGGGCCGCGAAAAGAAGCUCGCCGAAGAGGGGGUCGUUGUCCCAGUUGUAGAGGGCAAGGUCACACAGGCAGUCAAGGCCGCAAAGGAGGAAGCUUCAAAAACCGUAGCCUAA